GAUUAGUAUAAUAUACACACUUAAAUCCCUCAGAUUUGUCGUCAGAAUCAUCUUACAAAUCAUGGGAAUUAUUAUAUUUCUUCAGAUUCUGAGCAUCUUCAUUGGUUUUCUAUGUAUGGAAACCAAUGGAUCCACUUUGGUCCAUCAAGCAUUGGAAGUCCAAUGCAAAGAGAGUGAGAGAGAAGCUCUUCUUAAGUUUAAAGAAGGAUUCAAGAAUCAUUUCGGCUACUUCUCAUCUUGGAAGGCUGAAGAAGAUUGCUGUCAAUGGGAAAGAGUCGGCUGCAACAACGAAACAGGCCAUGUUAUUGCACUUGAUCUCCAAGGAGACAAAGGUGCAGUAACUUUGCAGUUGCAAGGUGAGAUAAGUAGAUCAUUGCUUAACUUGACUCAUCUAAGUUUUCUAGACCUAAGCCAGAAUGAUUUUAACAAAAUUCAAAUCCCUGAGUUCUUUGGUUCUCUUUCUAGUUUGAAUUAUCUGAAUUUAUCCAAUGCCAAAUUUAAGGGAACUAUUCCUAACCAAAUAGGAAAUCUUUCUACCUUACAGGUUCUUGACUUAAGUGGUAAUGGCUUUUCUCUUACAGCUAAUAAUCUUGAUUGGCUCAGAGGUCUUUCUUCCUUGAAAUUCCUUGAUCUGGGUGGGGUAGAUCUUAGCAAGGAUAGUCACUGGCUAGAGGCAAUCAAUAUGCUGCCUUCUCUUAAGGAGUUGGGAUUGUUUGCUUGCAAACUUCAAAAUCUUCCUGACUCUCUGUCUUAUGUAAAUUUCACUUCUCUAGAGGUCCUUGAUCUCUCUCUUAACAGUUUCAAUUCUUCCAUACCAAAUUGGUUAUUUAAAAUUGGCUCUGGUCUUGUUGAGAUACAUCUGAGAAGAAACCAAUUUCAUGGUCUAAUUCCUGAUGCUUUUGGGAACAUGACUUCUCUGGUUGAAUUAGACCUCUCAGAGAAUAAUCUCCAAGGUCAUGUUCCAAAAAGUCUGGCAACACUUUCAAGAUUAACAGUCUUGAAUGUUGCUUGGAAUUCCUUGGAAGGUAUUGUCACUGAUGUUCAGCUACUAAACCUCAGCAACUUGCGAGUGUUAGAGCUUUCCUCAAACCAGUUGGCCUUUGAUGUGAGCUCAAGCUGGAUUCCCCCCUUAGCUGGAGAUUGCAGGUCUAAGUUGUUGCAAUCUCGGGCAACAAUUUCCAAAUUGGCUCCAAACUCAGAAAAGCCUUUCUUUCAUCGAUAUCUCAAAAUCAGGAAUUUCAGACAUUGUGCCAAACUGGUUUUGGAAUCUCUCUCCGGAAGUUCAGUACAUGAAUCUUUCUUUCAAUGGCCUAAGAGGGAAUGUGCCUGAUUUGUCACUGAACAGAAAACUAUCAAUAAUAGAUUUGACUCAUAAUAGAUUUUCAGGAUCCCUUCCUCUUUUCUCUCCCAACAUGAGGGUUGUAAUCCUGUCAAGAAAUUCAUUUUCUGGGCCACUAUCCAACUUGUGUGAGAUGAUAAGCGUAAACAAUUUUCUUGGUUAUCUAGAUUUAUCAGAUAAUCUUCUGUCAGGACCAAUUCCAGACUGCUGGAAUUAUGGGAAAGAUUUGGAGGUUUUAAAUUUAGCAAGAAAUAAUCUUUCUGUCAAAAUCCCUGAUUCAAUUGGCUAUCUAGUACAACUUAAAAUGCUGAUAUUUGAGAAUAAUGGUCUUUAUGGAGAAAUUCCACCAUCGUUGAAGAGUUGCACAAGCUUGUUAGUUAUUGAUCUGGGGCUAAACAAGUUAUCAGGAGCUAUACCAGAAUGGAUUGGAGAAAAUUUGUUGGACCUCAGGAUUCUUGUCUUAAAUUCAAAUGCAUUAGAAGGGCUUAUUCCCUUGCAGCUAUGCCAGCUAAAAGCUCUGAAAUUGUUGAACCUUGCAUCGAAUCGCUUGUCAGGACGGAUUCCAAGUUGUGUUGGCACUUUACAGGCCCUGACUGAGCCAGGCAGCAGCUGUUAUUACAAUUAUGAUUUGAAAACUCUCUCCAUGAUGCAUCUCGAAAGGAAUAUCACAGGGGCACAACGUCUCUUUCCUCAAGCUGUUCCUGUAGUGAAGUCCAUGGAUCUUUCAUCAAAUAAUCUUUCUGGAGAAAUUCCUUCGCAAUUUACGAGCCUAGGUGGAUUACUUGCCUUGAACUUGUCUAGAAACAGUUUAACAGGAACUAUCCCGCCAAACAUAGGUGCAAUGGAAGCCAUGGAAUCCCUUGAUUUAUCAUGGAAUGAACUUUCAUGCGCCAUUCCUGACAGCAUACUGAGUUUGUCCAACCUUUCUCACCUAAAUUUGUCUCAUAACAAGUUGUCAGGACCAAUUCCUCAUGGAAAGAACCUGCUCUCCAAGUUUGGCGCAACAUCAUAUCUAGAGAAUCAAAAUCUCUGUGGUCCUCCCCUUUCAAAGAAUUGCUUAGAACGUGAAUCAUAUGGAGCUCCAGAUUGUCCCAAAAUGGAGCUACAAGAAAGAAGCAGAAGCAGUGAAGAAGAAACUGGAAAUGGAAUGGGAAUACCUCCAUUUUAUAUCAGUAUGGCACUUGGCUUCAUUAUAGGGUUUUGGGGAUUUUGGACCCCUUUGCUGCUUAAUACCUCAUGGAGGCAUGCCUAUUUUAAAUUCCUGGGCAGCAUGAUUGAUGAAAUUUAUGUUAGAGUAGUAGUUGGUGUAGCUAAAUUGCAAAGAAAGCUACAGAGCCAACGGCAAGGAGAAUAAAGUUUUCCAAUAAUGUGAAAGUCUUGCUGUGUAUGAUUUUCCAAACUUGGUUAAAAAAUUUCCUCUU